CUUCCGCCGAGUCCUCUCCUUCCAAACAGCAGAAAAGGCAAAGCUCCGCUGCUGGGGCAAGACUCAAUCAAGACAAAAAGCUCUUAGUCACUGAGAAUAUAACCCCCACGGUUAACAAGCCUUUAUAUUCAAAAGCAUCAGCGAAGGAGGAGGUGGCUGCCAAGCAGCAGCCCAAGUUUUCAGCCCAUCACAACCCCAGCAGCACGGAGAAUGGGGAGCUGCACGGGCACUACCACGGCUACUACGUCAAAACCAAUCCAGCAGUGCUUCCACAGAUGCUCAGGGAAGAAGAUGAAUAUAUCAACCCCUCCUCGUCAGCACCUGCGCGGGUACCAGCCUCACAGAAGCCAAGCCCUGCCAGGGCUGGGGGUAAGCCAGAUGCCAAAGAAAACAAACCCGACGCGAAACCCAAGAAGCCGGAGUUUGCUGCGCCAAAGAACCCAGCCCCCAGCCAGCCGCAGGCCGCGCUGGGCAAGCCAGCACACAGCAGCUCGGGCCCUAACUCAGUCCUGAUCGCCCUGGUGAUGCUGUUGAACAUUGGCUUAGCCAUUCUGUUUGUCCACUUUCUAACUUGAUUGGCAUUAGGAAAGCUGUGUCUGAAGGUGGCUGAAGGCAGUUGUUUAACGGUGUAACUGUUCUGACCCUUCAGUGAAGUCAUCACAACUAGUGGUGUUAGCCCACAGUUCUCUGCAGUUGUGUCAUCAGCCUUUUAAAUGGCACCUGUCUUGCUCAGCCACAGGCAAGGAGGCUUGGAGUCGGGAUGGGAUGCGAGAGAGAGCAAACUUGGAAACUUCAGCCAGGGGCCCAGCUCAGUUUCUCCGCUUUGGGGUCCUCUGCGGGCUGAAGCAAGCAGCCGUGCUGGAAGGCAACCAAAGCAACCUGCUGAAGCGGCCCCGCCAGCGGCGCGCCUUGGCUUCUCCGUCUGUCCCAGCAGUGUGACCAGGGUGGAAACGCACGGAGCUGCACUUUUGGUUGAUGGAAGCUAACAGCUGCCUUACUAUUUUACUGUCUGAUGUGUGUGGUGGGGAGAUGGGAGGAGGACUGCCAGAGGAAUGUGCUCAGAGGACCCUGUUGCUGUGGAAGCGAUUCCAGCGCCCGCUCCGAUCUCGUUAGAAGAAAUAGUUAGCAGCAGCAGUCACCAGGCUGAUCCCAUUACCUUCUGCUUUUAACAUCCUGCGGUGCUCGGGGAGCUCGAGUUUCAUUUGCCUGUGCAUGAUUCUGUUUGGUCCUUGUUGAUGACAUUUGAUGUAUAGCCAUAACGUAGUGUCUAGGCCAGCCUGGAGAGAGCCGCCGCUUCUGCCUAGCAGCAGAAGCAGAGAGCAGGAUGAAAUUCUUCACGUGGUGCUCCUGAACCUGCACAGCCAUUUUGCUUCGAGGUUCAGUGAGUGCCAUGCCAUGCCUGUGGUACCCUCCUGCAAGUGCUCAGAUGCCAAUAGCCAGCAAAAAUUCCCAUAGUAAAGGAGUCAGAAUCUUCAGUUGGUAUCAGCACAUCCUAAAUGAUGGUGGGAUAUCAGAACAAGCCAAGAGAGAUGAGAUACAGGCUUUGCAUGGUGAUGUUUGCUCUUUUUUCCCCCUUCCUUCUUUUCUUUCCUUUCCUU